CUUAGAGAAGGCUGUAAAGCACUGUGAAGCAGUGUAUAAGUGUAAGUGCUAUAUACUAUGAAAUAAUUGACCAGGUCAUAAAAAGAUCUAAAUGUUUGUUAGGUAUUGCUUGUAUUAUUUCCAUGCCUCUCUUCCUGCAAAAAGAAUAUUCAAAAGAAAAAGCCCUCCUCCCUGCUUGGAGAAAGACAGCCAAUGGAAGUGUAGGCUUCUCCAUUCUAUUAUGACAUCACAGUUUCCCAGGCAAUGUCUUUUCCUGGCAUAGGGUGGAUUUGGUCAACAAAAUUAUCAUUCUCACUUGAAGAAUCCAGAAGUUCUUUAUACUAAGCAAAAACUGUGGCUACGGGGAUCUGGCUUCCCCGGUACUCUAAGCGUGAGUUGGGAUGAUAAUUACCACAUGGACAGCAUUCAUCUUUCUCCGCAGAGUUUCUAGACGGCCUUUUCCAGCUGGGAAAUAUCCAGAUGAUGCUGUUGUUGAACCAGAGAUUGUGACUGUACUGGAGCAUUGGCUAAGAAAGGUUGAAGAUGAAGCUGCAAAGAUCUUUAGGCAGAAAUCAGAAAACCGGACGGGCCUUAAGAGUGAUAGCCGAUCUGAUGUCCGAGCAUUUCCUUCGGUUGGCCAAGAUGUGGCAGCAGCACGCUCCAAACCGGAAACUUGGGAGAAGUUUGAAGACAGGAGGCCAGCCAAGAUGAGAACUAUGGACUUUUCAAGUAUGUCUGACAUCAAACUUUCCUGCAGUUCGAGUCAGGAGCUUCUGGAGGACAGAAUGAGAAUUCAGUUUAUGCGUUGGAGCCAAACUCGAGUAUAUCACGUUACAAGUGAUAUGAGAAAGGACGCUAUGCAGGAGAGGGUGGAUAAAGUGAGGAACAGCGUCUCCAGAGUGAUGUUCCAGGCAUGUUCUGAUACAGAAUGUAGCCCAUCUGAUACUGAGCUCCAUGUGUCAAUAUCCACAAUUUAGACUUGACCAGGCAAAGAGGUCCAUUGCUGCUUCAUUCUUUUUCUCUCCCCGGCUGCUCUUCGCCGUCUGUGACCAAUUCACAUUUCUUGAAAUUGCUAGCCGAACAGCACGAAUCCUGGGACAAUCUUGGUUUAAUUUACGUUGCCUUGGUUCUUAUAAACAUUGGGGUUUGCACAGUUUGAACGAUGAAUAAAAAAGUCCUAAUGUUAAAA